UUAUACAAACAUAUAUAAAUGAAUGUACAUGUAUUUCUUAUACAAACAAACUGGUGAAUUCACAGGGCUUUUUUAAAGACGUUCUUUAAAAAUGACUUUGCACCGUCAUUCAACCCCGUAAUCAUUUCAUAGGAUAGCAUGAUGAGAAAGAGUUCUUGCUUUUUAAAAUAUCUUUAUCUUUAUCUUCCAAGCAAGAUGCUGAGUUCUAAAAAACCCAGAAGUUUCUUAUCACCCAAUGUCUACCAGAUGUUAUGUGAGAUUGGUGUCACCGGUGAGGAUUCUGAUGAAAGAUGUAUUCAGGACGAUCACCUCAGGUUUACUCAUAUCGCUUGUCUGCUACCAGAUGCUGGAUCUGAUGAAGACGCCAAGUUUUACCGGAGAUAUGUCCAGUCCUUGGCAGCAGUUUUCAAGAGAAGUAAAGAACAUCUUGAAUCUAUGACAGUGGAAAAUUUCUCAUCUAAAUACCAGCAUGUCAUAACAUGGACAAGCUGCCCUGAGUUGAUCCCCAAAUGCUUUGAUAAUCUUCAGAGUAAAGAUGGUCCCUUGACAGCAUUAUCCCUUCUGAUGUUAACUUCCAUCCUAGAAAGGUCUCUUGGUGAUGUUUAUGAAAUGAAAGGCAAUCAGUGCCCAUCUCUUUUAAAGGACUUACUGGUGACACCUGAACUCAGGGAAAUCUUUGGUUCAUCUGUGGUUCAGCUCUUAACAAUCAUGAUUGGACCGCCAAUUUCUCUAAACAUCAGAAAUGUGAUCUGGCAUGGAUUUGCUGCUCCAAAUGAGAUACCUGUGGAGUAUGGGUAUUUCCUAAUGAUGAUGACAGUGAGUCUAGGAGAAGUGCUUCAAUCAAAGGGCAUUCGAUCCAGUGACAUCCCACACAGACCGUUUCUGGAUUUCUCUCGGGCUGAACUCCUGAAGGGAAUAUUUCCUGAAGAUCUGAAUCUGCAAGCUGUCAGAGAUAUCAUCACAUCAUCUGAUUUCAUCCCCAAAACCAUGCUGCCAUAUCUUUCUUUGGCUCUUGAAAAGUAUGAAAAUAAAUGUUAUGGUGAAUGUCUUGUGCUAGUUCUUCCCCAGUUGGAACAUGGUUUAAGGUGUGCAUUUUCCUUGUACAACAAUUGUGAAGAACGCGUAAUGACAGCUGAGUCUACCACCCUCUACACAACCUUUGAUGAGAUAUUGAGCCCAAAUCUGCCAGAUGGUUCUCAAAAUAAACUUCUGAAGCACUUGGGGGAUCAACAUAUUCAGAUGUUGUAUGACAUACUGAUGUAUCCAGAGGGCCCAAGAAUACGCGAUAGAGUUAGCCACGGAGAAGUGGACCUUGCCUCUAUCAGUCGGGAUGUUGCCCGAUAUGUGAUCCAGAUAACUGUGAUAUUGUCAAUACAGAAGAUACAGGAUAACUCUUUACUCCAGGAGCCGUCUAUCCGUGAACUUGUGCAUGUUUCAUCCAGAUAUAAGUCUGUCUUCCAUCCCCUUGCUUUCCUGAGGAGACAGAUGGUAGAGAACAUCAACAAGCUGUCAGACUGGGAAAAACUUCCUAAACCACGCAUUGAACAACUCCCAGCAACUCUGGACUGGGAGGUCUUACAAUCUGGAAUCUGUGAUAUGUUAGAAGUGUACAAGAAUGCUACAGCUGCCAUUGUUGGGAUUGCUUCCAUCAACGGUGAUGUUAAACGCCAGGUCCUUGAGCCGUUCCAUGACAGCCAUGACACUUUACAGUCAUAUCUCGGUUCAAAGUCAGCUAUACUCUACAGAAGCCAAAGCACAAUACAGCCUACACUCAAAACCCAUAAUUCAAACCGGCAACCUAUUAGAAUGUCGGAACUGAUUGGUUUACUUCGUCGCAUCUUGACCAAUGGGACGCAAGCAUCUGAGAACGUCUGUUCCGUGACAACACUGAGAUACAACCAAUGGGAAGCAAAGGAACUGAGAUCUAGACAGAGGAAUACAUACAAGAGACACUUGGAUAGCGUUCCAGUCCUCUCCAUUGGUCUACGUCUUGUCCUUCUAAUUGUUUUGAAUAUCUACCAAGAUCUGGAUAUGUGGGCCUCAAUGGAGAGAAAGACUCAACAUGAUCAUCUAAAAUUAUUAAAGUCCCUGAACCAGUAUUGUGAGAACAUCGUCUCCUUCUCGAGCAGUGACAAGAAUCGUUGGGAUGAGGCGUGUGGACUUACGGAUAAAAUCAUCUCGCAGGUGAAAGGUUUCUAUGGUUAAUGACACAAAAUGAGAUGUAUCGUGUAUCCCUGAUUCAGAAGAUGAAUAGAUCAAAGAUAACAAGGCUGUUUUAGUGGACAGAUAGAUCGGAGGCAAACAAUCUCUCAAAUCAUUGAAGCAGAAAUGCAACUAAUGCAAUCAGUGACAUGAAGGUUCUCGUGUUCUAGUAUUAGUUUCAUAAGGAAUCAGGUCUGGACCACGUAAGGUGGGUGCUACAAAUAGAUGGUCUCCUUGUCAUGUCCUUUUGUAAUUGGACUAUAUUUGUAUAAUUGUUGGGUCCUCCAACCUCCCUGAUGAGAAAACAUGUGAUACCAUAAUGGUUGCAUGUGGUUUCAUGACUCUGUUACAACACAGUCAACACAAAUCAAAAAAAAUCUUUGAAAUUGACAGUAUUUGAAAAAG